AUGGAGGUUUUGUCGGCAGGGGCGGUUUUGUGUGAGGGAUGUUUAUCUGAUUCUAAUAUUGUCCAUUGCAACUUAAGAUUUAAUCAACUUGAAUCAAAAGUAGGAGAGAAAUUGUGGGCUGCCAUGGCUAAGUAUGGUGUUGUGAAUCAAGGAGGUGUAAGGGAUUAUAAAGAGAAAAUUGAUGAGAUGGAGAAAAGAGAUAGAGAGAAUAAGGGUGGAGGGAAUUUUCUAAAGAGGAAGAAGGUAAAUUCUAUUAUUUCUCAAGGGAAAGCUGAUAUUUUCUUUAUUCAAGAAUCUAAGUUGGAAGUUGUUGAUUGUGCUACUGUCAGUUGCUUUUGGAGGAAGGUGGAUGUCGGGUGGUCUUUUUCUAAAUCUUCAGGAGCUUCAGGAGGAUUAAUUAUGUUAUGGAAGGAGGGUAGCUUUGAUGUUAUUCAUAGUUUUGCAGGGGCUGGUUACCUCAGUAUUAAAUUAAGGUGGAAGGGUAAGAACUAUUACAUUGUGAACGUCUAUUCUCCGUGUGAGCUGAAUCUGAAACGUAAAUUGUGGAGGGAACUUCUGAGUCUGAAGGCUAAAUUCUCAUAUGGCGAGUGGAUUAUGGGAGGAGAUUUCAACUCAAAUAAAAAUGAAAGGGAGAGGAAAGGGUGUGUAGUGUCUCGGAGAUCAGAGAUGAGGUAUUUUUCUUCUCUUAUUGAGGAAAGUAAUUUGGUGGAUUUACAAUGUAAAGGUAAGCGGUAUAGUUGGUAUGGCGGAGCCGGUAGGGCCAUGAGUAGAAUAGACAUAUUUCUGGUGGAUGAAGCUAUUAUUAGUAGAUGGGGGAUAGUCAGACAGCUUAUUGGGGAAAGGGACAUUUCUGAUCAUUGCCCGGCGUGGAUUAUCAUUAACAAGGAAGAUUGGGGGCCGAAACCGUUUAUGGUGAAUAAUAGUUGGUUUGAGAAUAAGGAUUUUAUCCCUUAUGUGGAGCAGGUAUGGAGGAACAUUAAGGUUGAGGGCAGAAGAGAUUUUGUUUUAAAGGAGAAAUUUAGGAUUCUUAAAGGUUCUCUUCGGAGUUGGAUCACUGAAGUGUUCGGGAAAUUUGACUUAGAGAUUGAGGCAUAA